AUGGUCGAUCCACUAGUAGACAAGGACAUCGCUGGCCGGCUGGCUCUGAUAACUGGGGCUUCCGGAGGCAUAGGGGGAGCGUGUGCGCGAACGCUCUUUCUGCAAAGCGUCCACGUCGCGCUGGCCUUCAACUCGAAUCGAGAGUCCGUCGAAAGACUCGCAACAACAUUGAAGAACGAUUUUACAGACGCAUAUCCGAAAUCGCCGGUUCCAAAGAUAUCCAUUCAUCAAGCCGAUCUGUCGAACGUGGAAGAGACACUCCGAAUUGCUGAGGAAGCCAAAGCAGAGCAUGGAAGGCCAGUGGAUAUCCUCGUAGCGAACGCGGGGUUGGGAAAGAGAAUCACGGAUAUUGAAGAUAUCCCUCUCGACGUGUUCGAGCAUACGUUGAACGUGAACCUUCGCGCUCCAUUUCUGCUCGCAAAAAGCGUAGUGGGGUCCAUGAAGGAAAAGCGCUGGGGUCGCAUCAUCUUCGUCUCCUCGAUAGCCGCGUACGGCGUAGGUCUCAAUGGAUGCCACUAUGCUGCCUCAAAAGGAGGCCUCACAUCCAUGAUGAAGAAUCUCUCGACGCGGCUGGCGCAAUACAAUAUCACUGUAAACGAUGUUUCGCCGGCCAUGAUCGGUGAGACCGGACUCCUCCCCAGCGGUGACUCUGUCCCGGGUCUGGUAGAUAGCAUUCCUCUCGGUCGUCUGGGUGUGCCUCAAGAAGUCGCGAAUGUCGUGUUGAUGUUCUGCACAACGGGGUAUAUGACGGGCCAGAGCGUCCUGCUGGCAGGCGGGCUGAACCAUAAAUGAGUGCUUAAAAAGCCGCUGUAUGCUAGCCCAGAGCGGAGCGUUCAGGGGCGGACAUUUGAAGCGAGGAAAUUUUCCACGCUCAGCUUGGGGGGAGGUUCAGUCGGCUCUUCUUGCCCCGCCAAAAUUCGGUCCGAGAUGGACCGGCAUUUGCGCCGAUGGUAUCCCUAGUACGUCAAUGCGUGGGAAAUAAAGCCAGCCGUCGCCGGUGCUUUGAGAAAUGCAUUUAUCAAUUU